AUGACUCACAUUAUCAGAGAUGUUGAGAAGCCUGGAUCAAAGCUUCACAAGAAGGAGAUACUGGUGGUUGUUAGUGUGGUAGCCUAUGUCAAGACGCCACGUCGCCUUCGUUCAUUGAACAUUGUUUGGGCUCAACAUCUAAGUGAAGACAUCAAAAGGAGAUUCAACAAAAACUGGUGCAAAACCAAGAAGAAAGCAUUUGCCAAAUACCCAAAGAAAUUCGAAUGUGAUGAGGGCGAUAAAGAAAUUCAGUCCCAAUUGGAGAAAAUGAAGAAAUACAGACUGUCAUCAGGGUCUUGGCUCACACCCAGAUCGUGA